AAAAAGCUAGUCUCUCACCCCAUUGAUCGCUUUUUGGUCCCAAACAAAAGAACUUCCUCUCUGCUCACCUCUCUCGCUCCACCACCACCUGCGUCGCGCACGGCCCCCGUACCUCCUCAACCAGACUGCACUGACCCCACAGCCACCCUGACGGUGAAGAGUCAUCGUCCCAGUUCAAAUACCAGGGUUCCCGUGUUUUUUAUUUACUGUAUUACUUGAGUUUUCUCAAUCUUGUCCGUCUUCCUUGAUCAUUCUACUGCCGCUUCCACAAUGGCGAAGAAGUAUGUGACAACAGAGAAUGCGCCCCUCUCUCAGUUCGGUGUAUUGGUAGCGCAAUUGGAGUCCAUAGUCGCCUCAGCAUCCCAUAAACCUCAGGAGCCACUUCUAUGUUUCGACCUCCUCUCCGAUCUCAUAUCCGCCAUUAACGAAGAGCCCAAGGAAUCCAUUUUGUUGUGGCAAAGGAGAUGCGAGGACGCAUUAUAUUCCUUGCUUACUCUUGGUGCUCGGCGACCUGUCCGCCAUCUGGCUUCAGUUGCUAUGGCGAGGGUUAUAUCCAAGGGAGAUGGCAUUUCCAUAUACUCUCGAGCGAGCAGUCUCCAAGGCUUUCUUUCUGAUGGAAGGAGGAAUGAACCACAAAAAGUUGCUGGGGCUGCACAGUGCUUAGGAGAAUUAUAUAGACAUUUUGGGAGGCGAAUCACAUCAGGUUUACUUGAAACGACUAUCAUUGCCACGAAACUUUUCAAGUUUAAUGAGGAAUUUGUGAGACAAGAAGCUUUAUAUAUGCUUCAAAAUGCUUUGGAAGGCUCUGGUGGAAACGCAGCAGCUUCAGCAUAUACAGAGGCAUUUCGUCUCAUCAUGCGGUUUGCAGUUGGUGAUAAAUCAUUUCUUGUUAGAAUUGCUGCUGCAAGAUGUCUGAAGGCAUUUGCCAUUAUUGGAGGACCUAGUCUAGGGGUGGGAGAGCUAGACAGUUCAGCUUCUUAUUGUGUCAAGGCCCUUGAGGAUCCUGUUUCUUCUGUCCGUGAUGCAUUUGCUGAAGCAUUGGGUUCGUUGCUUGCUCUUGGAAUGAAUCCUCAUGCACAGGUUCAACCAAGGGGGAAAGGACCUUUCCCUCCAGCAAAGAAACUGGAAGGUGGUUUGCAUAGACAUUUAGCAUUGCCUUUCACAAAAGUUGGAGCUCGGUCAAAGGACGUGCGAGUUGGCAUAACCUUGUCUUGGGUAUUCUUUUUACAGGCGAUUCGUCUAAAAUACAUGCAUCCAGAUAGCGAGCUACAAAACUAUGCAAUUCAGGUUAUGGAAAUGCUUUGUUCCGAUAAUUCUGUUGAUGCCCAUGCACUGGCUUGUGUGCUCUAUAUCCUUCGUGUUGGUGUUACUGAUCAAAUGGCAGAGCCUACGCAAAGGAGUUUUUUGGGUUUUCUUGGGAAUCAGCUUAUGUCUCUAGAUGCCAGUCCUUCCAUGAAAAUUGCCGCUCUACGUACUGCAUCAUAUACCCUGAAAACGCUGGGAGAGGUUCCAGUUGAUUUCAAGGAAGUUCUUGACAACACUGUUGUUGCAGCAGUAUCUCAUUCUUCACAACUCGUUCGAAUUGAGGCUGCUUUGACAUUACGUGCCCUGGCUGAGGUUGAUCCCACCUGUGUUGGUGGUUUAAUUUCUUAUGGAGUGACCAUGCUAAAUGCUUUGAGAGAAAAUGUGGCAUAUGAGAAGGGGAGUACUUUGCAAUUAGAGCUUGAUUCUUUGCAUGGACAAGCUACUGUCUUGGCAGCUCUGGUGUCCAUUUCCCCAAAAUUACCUCUCGGUUUUCCUGCCAGAUUGCCCAGGUCAAUCCUUGAAGUUACAAAGAAGAUGCUGAAUGAAUCUAGUCGGAACCCAAUGGCAGCUACAAUUGAAAAAGAAGCUGGGUGGUUACUUUUGUCAUCCCUGUUAGCUUCUAUGCCAAAGGAGGAACUUGAAGACCAGGUUUUUGAUAUUCUUUCCUUGUGGGCUUCCCUCUUUACUGGAAAUCUAGACGAUGAAACUAACCAAACUGGAGAUUUGACGAGUAGGAUACGAAUGUGGUCUGCUGCAGUUGAUGCACUUACUGCAUUUUUAAGAUGCUUUCUUUCUCCUAAUGAUGGGAAUAACGGGAUUUUGCUUCAACCUGUACUUGUAUACCUGAGUAGGGCUUUAUCGUAUAUAUCGCUGAUAGCGGCCAAGCAACUGCCAAAUGUGAAGCCUGCUUUGGAUAUAUUUAUCAUCCGGACAUUAAUAGCUUACCAGUCUCUUCCUGAUCCAACAGCAUAUAAGAAUGACCACCCCAUGGUUCUUCAAAUUUGCACAAGCCCAUUCAUAGAGGCUUCUGGAUGUGAAGAAAGUACAUGCUUGAGGUUUCUGUUAGACAAAAGAGAUGCAUGGUUGGGUCCCUGGAUUCCUGGAAGAGAUUGGUUUGAAGAUGAACUUCGUGCAUUUCAAGGUGGCAAAAACGGCCUUAUUCCUUGUGUCUGGGAGAAUGAAGUUUGUAGCUUUCCUCAGCCGGAACCAGUAAACAAGACAUUGGUGAACCAGAUGCUCCUCUGCUUUGGCGUCUUGUUUGCCUCUCAGGAUAGUGGGGGGAUGCUGUCACUUCUUGGAAUGAUUGAGCAGUGCCUGAAAGCUGGAAAAAAGCAACCAUGGCAUGCAGCGAGCAUAACCAAUAUAUGUGUGGGGUUACUUUCAGGAUUUAAGACUUUGCUUUCCUUGCGUCCCCAGCCAUUAUCACUUGAGAUACUAAAUUCCGCACAGGCGAUAUUUCAGAGCAUUCUGGCAGAGGGAGACAUCUGUCCAUCACAACGUAGGGCUUCAUCAGAAUGUCUUGGUCUUUUAGCUCGUCUUGGAAACGAUAUCUUUACAGCAAGAAUGACUAGAUCUCUGCAUGGUGACCUAACUGGGGCAACAGAUUCAAACUAUGCUGGAUCAAUUGCUUUUGCUCUUGGCUGCAUUCAUCGCAGUGCAGGAGGCAUGGCAUUGUCAACUUUAGUGCCUUCAACUGUGAGCUCAAUCUCGUUGCUUUCUAAAAGUUCAAUAGCUGGUUUACAGAUAUGGUCUUUGCAUGGGCUUCUGUUGACCAUUGAAGCUGCUGGCUUGUCCUUUGUAUCUCAAGUCCAGGCAACACUUGGUCUUGCUCUGGAAAUUCUUUUGUCCGAGGAGAAUGGAUGGGUUGCACUUCAGCAAGGUGUUGGUCGUCUUAUAAAUGCUAUUGUUGCUGUUCUUGGUCCUGAACUUGCCCCUGGCAGUAUUUUCUUUUCACGUUGCCAGUCUGUUGUUUCAGAGAUAAGCUCUGGGCAAGAAACAGCAACGAUACUCGAGAGUGUACGCUUUACCCAGCAACUUGUUCUUUUUGCACCACAAGCUGUUUCCGUGCACACCCAUGUGCAAACUCUUCUACCUACUUUGUCCUCAAGACAGCCAGCAUUAAGGCAUCUAGCUGUUUCCACUCUACGACAUCUGAUUGAAAAAGAUCCAGUCUCCAUUGUUGUUGAGCAAAUAGAGGAGAAGUUAUUUCACAUGCUGGAUGAAGAAACAGAUUCUGAGAUAGGGGAUCUGGUGCGCACCACAAUCAUGCGAUUGCUCUAUGCAUCAUGCCCUUCCUGUCCAUCUCAUUGGAUAUCAAUUUGUCGUAAUGUGAUUCUUGCCACAUCAACGCGAAGAAAUGCUGAUAGUAGUAGCAGCUUAGAAAAUGAUUCUUCAAAGGGUAUAGAGGGUGACCCAAGUGUAAAUUUUGGAGAAGAUGAUGAGAACAUGGUUUCUAGCACCACAGGUGUGCUCCAUGGUAUUCUGAACAGAGAUAAACACCUCAGAUACCGAACCAGAGUUUUUGCUGCUGAGUGUUUGAGUUACCUACCUAAAGCUGUUGGAAAGAAUCCAGCUCAUUUUGAUCUCUGUACUGCUAGGAGCCAACCUACUAAUAGACAGGCCUCUAGUGAUUGGCUCGUCCUCCAUAUACAAGAACUUAUAGCUCUUGCAUACCAGAUAAGCACGAUCCAGUUGGAAAACAUGCAGCCAAUUGGUGUGGGGCUUCUGAGUACCAUUACAGAUAAGUUUGAAAAGACACCUGACCCGGAGCUUCCAGGGCAUCUCCUACUAGAACAGUAUCAGGCCCAGCUCGUAUCUGCUGUCCGCACUGCCUUAGACUCGUCCUCUGGCCCUAUUCUAUUGGAAGCAGGCUUCCAGCUUGCUACGAAGACACUGACUAGUGGAAUAAUUAAGGGCGAUCAAAUUGCUGUUAAACGCGUAUAUGCAUUAAUUUCACGACCAUUGAAUGAAUUUAAGGACCUGUAUUAUCCUUCAUUUGCAGAAUGGGUCUCAUGCAAGAUCAAGAUAAGACUUCUUGCUGCUCAUGCCUCUCUCAAAUGUUAUACAUAUGCGUUCUUGAGGAGACACCAUAGUGGGGUUCCUGAUGAAUAUCUAGCAUUGUUACCAUUAUUUUCAAAGAGUUCAAGUAUGCUUGGGAAGUACUGGAUUAGUGUUUUGAAGGAUUACAGUUAUGUAUUCUUGUGCUUGCAUCUUAAGACAAAGUGGAAUCCAUUUCUUGAUGGAAUUCAGUCACCUCUGGUAUCGUCAAAGUUGCAACCUUGCUUAGAAGAAUCGUGGCCAGUAAUAUUGCAGGCAAUUGCAUUGGAUGCAGUUCCUGUGAAUAUUGAAGAGAACGAGUAUUCAAACUCCACUACUCAAAAUAUAUCAAGCAAUAACUUAUUGUCUGGACAUCGCAUGGUUAAAUUGGAAUCCGAAGAAUAUCAAUUUCUUUGGGGAUUUGCUCUACUGGUCUUAUUUCAGGGCCAAUAUUCUACCCUUGGUGAACUGAAAAGUCCACUUUAUUUCAUUAAAGCUAGUAACGGUGGAGAUUCAGCUAGUGAAGGGUUUUCUUUCCCAGGAAUUAAGUUAUAUGAAAUUGCAUUACCGGUUUUCCAGUUUCUGUCGACCAAAAGGUUUGCCAGUGCGGGAUUUCUCACUUUGGACAUAUGCAGAGAACUGCUACAGGUUUUCUCAUAUUCUAUGUGCAUGGAUAAUUCCUGGGAUAGUCUUUCAGUGUCUGUAAUAUCACAGAUUUUGAAGAACUGCCCUGAAUCUUUUUAUGAAGUGGACAACUUUGCUUAUUUGGCAAUGGAACUUUGUUUGGCUUAUCUUUACAAAGUGUUUCAAAGUAGUAAGGCAAUUUCUCUGGACAAACUGUCGGAGGAUUUGAUAUCCACAUUAUUUAUCACUGCAGAAACACUUGUGAACUGUUUUCAACCAAGGGUCAGUAAGACACAACUAGUCUCUGCGGCAUUGGCGUUUCUUUUAAUUGGCUACAAGGGAAUCAGAGAAGCCUCGACUGAGUUUUAUUUCUCCAAGGUGGACAAUUUUUUCAAGUGCACAAGUCUAUUAUUGAAAAGAUUUAUUGAUGAUAAAUCCGGUGUUGGUGAAGAUGGUCUUGUUCAUAUGCAAAAGUUAUUGGGAACUUGUCUGAAUGUGAUGACUGAUUUGACCGAGGAUUGCAUUAAGUCCAUUCAUCUGCAGGAAAAUAAGAGAUCCGACUUGCACAUACUACUGCAAACAAAGCUUGCUUUCUCUCUUGAACAAACUAUAUCAUUUGCCAAGUUGGGUUAUGAAAUAGAUUAUCUUGAUGAGAAUAGAGAUGGUGACUCCGUCUAUUAUCCUUUGUUUAAAUACUGCACAAAAUGUGUUCAAACUGUACUUAACGAUUCAAAUGUUCAGGUUCAAUCAAUUGUGUUACAAGUGCUAAGAAGUUUGGUACAGAAAACCCCAAAUGCGGAAGGCAACAAUUUUUUAAUGCUUUUUGUUGGGGAGCUUACAGCAGAUUUUUUUGUGAUAAUCCAGAAUGCUGUAAAGAAACCUGUAACUGAAAAAUCAGCAACUGUUGCUGGCGAAUGCUUAAGACUCUUAGUAGUGCUGCAAACACUUUCAAAACCUAGUGAAUGUCAGAGAGGUUUUAUGAAUUUACUCCUGGAAGCCGUAGUCGUGGUUUUCAAGGCUUCAGAAGAAGGUUCUUCACUGGAAGUCAAUACAUUAAGAAGCACUGCUGUAAGGCUUGUUUCUCAUCUUGCUCAGCUUCCUUCCUCAGCAGUUCACUUCAAGGAUGUAUUGCUGUCUAUGCCUGUAACACAUCGACAGCAACUUCAGGGGUUCAUCCGUGCGUCUGUGACUCAAGAGCAUAAUGCAACACAGCUGAAGCCCACAACUCCGUCGUUAGAGAUAAAAUUACCAGUUCCAACAGAGGCAAGCAAAGAGAAACCUCUGCCAUCAGCCACCACAGCGCAUUCUCUUUCUGAUGACCAAGAAAUCGAAGAGGAAGAGGAUGAAGAUGAUUGGGAUGCUUUCCAGUCUUUUCCUGCCGCUUUAAAUGCAGCUGAAAGUGAAGCAAAAAUAGAAAGCACGGUGGAAGAACCUGACUUGGAAGUGAAUACGCAGAGUGAUUACACUCAUGGAGAAUCUAUUCUGCAUCCUCCCAACAACAUGGAUGCAGUCAACGAUACAGACCAUCAGGAGGCUGGUGAAAGGGAGGUGAUAUCAGAUGGCCUAAAAUCCCCACAGGGUAACCCACCAACCAACAAUACCGAGGCAGAAGAACCACGUGAUCUCCAAACUAAUAGCAGUAUUAUCGGGCCAAACGAUGAUCAGCAUUUGAUGAGAGACGAGGAAGUGGUUUCCAGACAAGAGGGAAUGGCAGCAGGGUUGAACCAAGUGAGGACUGAGCAUAUGGCAUCUGAACUUGAUGAUCCUAGUGAAGAUGCUGAAGCAUCAGUUGAGAUGAAUUUAGGGCAUCAUGUGCAGGAGAAAAAAGAGAAGGGUGAUGAUAAAGCAGGGCAGGUAUCGUCAGAUCCUCUGCCACUUGAUGAGGAAGUGUCUGAUAAAAGAGAAGACAAGGAAGAAGCAGCUUCCGAAAAGUCUCGCCUCAAGCACAACCUAGACUGAUGGCGCUACGUUAAAUUGAGAAUUGUGUUACUCUUUAAGUUAACAACAGUAUUGAUAUUAUAGUCACUUGUAUGAAUCAUAGAAACAAAAAAUAUGGUAUGAUGAGUGAAAUCAGAACCCUACCCUUCUCACAAGUUACAACACUAUUGCCUUUAUCACCUUCAAGAGAUAUAGAAAAAAUACACAAGUUUACUUUUUU